GGGAAAAACAUGUCGGCCCAACAUGCUGUCGAGCAAAGCCUUCUCAAAGCUGCUGAAGUCAUCGAAGAGCAACUAGACGCCGAGAUAGACCGCAUAGAUCAUGCGGACGCCGACGAACUCGACCGUCUGCGCGAGCAGCGUCUGAGACUGUUUAAAAAGCAAACAGAGCAAAAACGCGAGCUUCUAGCUCAAGGUCAUGGCCACUACACGGAGGUGGCUGAUGAGAAGGAGUUCUUUGCCAAGUGUAAGGACACGGCGCGCGUCGUGUGUCAUUUUUCGAGAGACAGCACGUUCAGAUGUAAGAUUGUCGACAAACAUCUGGCUGAGCUGGCUAGGAAACAUGUUGAGGCAAAGUUUGUGAAAGUCAACGUUGAGAAGAGUCCAUUUUUAUGCGAGAAACUAAGCGUCCGUGUUCUUCCAACAAUCAUCAUCUUCAAGAAUGGAAAGAACGAAGACAGAAUAGUUGGCUUUGAUGACUUAGGAGGAGUCGAUGAUUUUUCAACUGAGAUGCUUGAAUGGAGGCUCGGAAAGACAGGUGUGAUUGACCAUUCGGGCGAAGAACCAGAUACUUUGAAAACAAAGCAGAAGAAGACAAUUUUAUUAGGAAAACGCUCAAUACGAGGGGGAGGAAGUGACUCUGAUGACAGUGAUGAUGACUAAAUAAAGGAAAGCAUGUGAAUAUACUGUACACUAUAGAAACAGUUAUUCAAAUGACAAUGUUGUUGCCAA